GAAGCGAUUCAAAACAUUAGAGUGACCUCCCCUUCAAAAUGGCUGCGCCCAUGCUUUCCAAGGGUGAAGCAAAAUCAACUUUAGGAGAGACGGUGAAACAGAAGCAAAAGAAAGAAAUAAAGAAGCAGAAGAAUGUCUUGUUUAAUCCCUUUACAUACAAAUGGCCAGUGAUAGACAAAUAUUUUGAAGGGAGAAUCCUGGAUGAGCUGCAGAGUGUGCUGAAGUCAAUCCCUAUCAAAGUUCCCAGAAGACCUGCAUCAUACUUUAAAGGAAAAAAGCAAACAGAGAAUGAACAGCAGCUGUCAGAGGAAAAGAAGAAUGCUGAAAACAAGAGACGGAAACUCAGAUCUCAGAUUGUGUGUGGUGUCAGGGAGGUCACACGAGGGUUGGAAAAGGAUGACCUUGACCUUAUUAUAGUUUGCCGAUCUACACAACCAUCAAUCAUCACAAAACACCUGAUCCCAUUGGCUGCCAACCGAGGAUGUCCAGCCCUCUGUAUCCCAGAAUUCAAUCCCAAGAUUUCUCCGCUGCUUGGGAUGACCAGUUUGGUUGCUAUGGGGUUUAAGAAGGUUACAGCAGGCAGCAAGUCUGAGUUCACUGAGUUCGUCACAUACAGCAAGAGUCAGGCUCCUCCCCUCGAUAAACCCUGGUUAAACAGAUCCCUGGAAGUGAGCUCCAGUGAUGAUCCGACAACGUUGCUGGAGUCUUCUACAGAAGGUGGAGCUGGUGAUGCCUCAACCGUCACAGAUGAUGUGGCUACAAAAGGAAACAGUGGAGAGAGUCCACAGCACAAAACAGGCCUUGGUUCCCUUCCAGAAGACAGCAGUUUCUCCACUCCUGGGACGUCCAGUGGUCUUGUUUCGCAUGGGAUGGAUUCUGACUCAAGGCUGUUGGAAGAUUCAAAGAAUGAGACCCAAACUAAACACUCUGCUGAUAAUAAAACUGGUUUCUUAUCUUUGACAUUAGACUCCAGCAAUGAUCAACUUGGACCCCAAACUAAAAACACUGCAGAAAAUGUCCAGACUGUUCUUUUGUCUUUGACGCCAGACUCCGACAAAGAUCCAGAUAAAGAUGGAGGUCCAUCACAAUCUCAGCUUUCAAUCUCAUCAGAAAAGGAUGGGAAAUCCAUAACUGUAAACACUGCUGAUGAAAAGGCAGGGAAAGGUGUACGUCUUGUCUUUCCCGUCAACGGACCUCCACCGUUUGUUCCAAAGAAGGACUAUUCACAUCUAUAUGUGUAUAAGGGUGGCGAAUCCUUUGGUGAUAGCUUUAUCCCACUUUCAGGCUCGAAGGGCCAUAAACGUGUCCUCUCACCACAACGCUCAACGUCCGAGUCCGAGUCUGCGGAGGAGGAUGUAGUUGGUGUUCUGGGACUGGAACCGCCAGUUGCAAAGAGACCAAAACAUUCCUCAAAUAUCCACCAAUCAGCAUCCUAUCGACCUGCAGUAGUUCGUACAAUGAUUCCAAAUAAGAAUAAGAAAAUUAAAAGGAAGAAAUAGUUUAUAGAUAUGCUGUACAAAGAAUAAAGGUUAAUAACCUGC